UAUAUAUCUAUAAUAGAUAAGAUUAUACCAAUCCAUAUAUAAGUAUACAAUAAUUGCAGGAACAAAAGUAGUGUACAGUUACUUAUUGUAGUGAAAGAAUCUAAGGUGUUAUUGUCAAAAUGUAUAAAUUAUUAUUAUUGAGUGUGAUUGCUUUUUGUGGCGUUAACAGUUACAUACUUGAAGGAGCUGAGCGGAUCGUACAAGGACAAGUAAAUAACGGCAUACAAUAUGUGAUAUCUUUACAAGAUAAAACUCAAUUACAAAGCUACACAAGAGGUCACAGAUGUGGAGGUGUGUUGAUUACUCAACAGCAUGCAUUGACAACUGCAGCAUGCACUAUAAACACUAAUAAUGGGGUACCGAUCAACCAGGCCAACUUUAGAGUUUUCGCUGGGACAAUUCUUACAAUGGAUAAUGUAAACAACGUUCGCGAUAUAGCGAGUAUUACUAUCCACCCAUAUUACACCAGACAUAUACCGUUUGUCAACGAUAUUGCUGUUAUUACUCUACAAGCUCCUUUUCCAGCCACUAUAAGCCCCUUGCCAAUGCCAAUUGUGGAUGUUGCACUUUCUGGGUGUGAGACUUCUGGUUUUGGAGCUCAUAAUACGACAGCUACUGCCAGUGUGCAAUUGAUGACUUUGUCGGGAGUAAGUUUGAUAGGAUUUCAGCAGUGUAACAUUAUGUUACAAACUAUGGGCGGAGCUCCAAUUAUACAAGUUUUGCCGUCCAUGGUUUGCGGAGUUGCUAAUGGAGUAGGAUGUACGGGUGAUCUGGGAAACCCAUUGGUGUGUAACAACAAUCAGGUUCUCACAGGUCUACUAACGCGAAGCAACAACUGUACUACUUUAGGCGGUGUACCCGAAGUUUACACUAGAAUUCACGAAUACGUACCGUGGGUGAACCAAGUGAUCGCCCCUCCUAAUACGACCACACCGGCACCCACAACCAGUACAGCAAUGCCCCCGGUAACCGUCACGACUCCUGCUCCUGGGGCAGCAUUCACCUCACGACUCGGAACUGCUGUAGCUCUCAUUGUUCUAGUCAUACAAUGCUUCAGUCUUCUGAGUUAAAGUUUAAGUACUCGUAAUAUUUAUUGUUUAAUUGUAUAAUGUUUACUAUAAAUACUAACCAUUAAAACUUUGAUAUAUAGUGUUA